AUGGCUGAAUCCAAUAGAUUACGCAUUGGUUGGCUAGACCAUUUUAUGCUACACAUUAUGUGUGCAUAUUUGUUAAUAGCACCUUAUACCAAAGUCGAAGAAUCGUUCAACAUCCAAGCCAUUCACGAUAUGGUCUUUUAUGGAUCCGAUAUUUCCCAAUAUGAUCACUUGCAAUUCCCAGGUGUAGUCCCUAGAACAUUUGUGGGUGCUUUGGUUAUUUCACUAGUGGUUAAACCGAUAGCAUACUUGAUUCCGUUCACAAAAAAAAUUGAAAUACAGUCUGUUGCAAGGCUCAUUUUGGGUGUUAUAAACACAUUUGCAGUCAUUAACCUUCGUCAUUCAGUGAAGAAAUUGUUUGGAAUUGGGCCGUCUCGAUGGUUCAUGCUGUUUACAAUGUCUCAAUUUCACUAUAUGUUUUAUUCUUCUAGGACCCUACCUAAUAUGUUUGCCCUACCAUUGGUAGUCUAUGCUUAUCAAGCAAUUUUAGAGGAACGAUAUGAAACCGGUCUAACCAUUCUUUCAUUUACCAGUAUCGUAUUUCGAGCAGAGUUGGCUCUUUUAACUGGAAUUUUGGCUCUCACUCUUUUGGGCACUCGUAAGCGACCAUUUUGGAAUGUUGUACAGAGCGGUGUACUUGGUCUUGGAUUUGGCACCAUGAUCUCCUUGGCGGUCGACUCAUAUUUUUGGCAGCAAUUUCCCAAGAUCCCGGAGGUCGAUGGAUUUAUUUUUAAUGCAAUUGAGGGUAAUUCUUCAUUUUGGGGAGAAGAGCCCUAUUGGGCAUAUUUUACUAAGCAUAUUCCAAACUUGACAAAUAACCCUCUGAUACUGGUGGUUGCUCCAAUUGGGCUGCUUAUAUCAGACCAAACAUCUAGUUUCAAUAAGAAACCAAUAACAGUCAACGGAAAACCACUGAAAUCUAUUCUUAAGAAAACCACAAGUGCCUCACCGAUUACUGCUUUACGGAUCUUGGCAAUAACAUCUUUACUCUAUGUGCUUGUAUACUCCUUGCAACCUCACAAAGAAUUGCGCUUUGUCAUCUAUAUCAUGCCCGUGAUCACAAUUAUGGCAAGCAAUGGAGUCUCGAUAUUAUAUAAGAGACGAUCAAGAAACUAUUUGUUCAGACUGAUCCCGAUAAUAAUGUCACUCUCAGUCUUUUUAGCAUUCAAUGUUUCAGUGAUGAAAAUGCUAGCCUCAAGUGUAAAUUAUCCAGGAGGUGUUGCACUAAGCAGGUUUCAUGAAAUCUACCAAUCAUCACAUAAUGGAAGGUCUGCUGAGGGUAUAACAGUUCAUCUUGAUGUUCCAGUUUGUAUGACAGGAGCGACUAGAUUUGGCCAAUUAUGGGACUCGGCUAAUUUCAUUAAAAAUGAAGAUGAGAAAACUGGUUUUGUGAUCUACGAUAAAUCCGAGGAUGAAGCUACACUCGACAAGGUCUGGUCCACAUUUGAUUACUUUAUCGGUAUAGCUGAUCUCAAUGAGACUGGCAUUCCGAGCCUUGAUGGCUAUGAAUGGCAACAUCUUGAUGUCAUCUCUGGACUUGAAGGGUUCAACACGAAGCUUGUAAGAGACUUUGUGAACCAAAUUAGAGCAGACCCAUUUCUCAAAAUCAACAAUAUAAAAGAGGGCUUGAUUGCCACUCAUAGAAAUGGUGGUUUGAAGGCUGUGAUAUCAAAUCUUUUUGGUUUAUGGAAAGAGCUAGUGCUGACAAAAGAUGCUGUCCAUAUUUAUAAACGGGUAAGAGUUGAUGAUACUACGGUAUCAAACGAAGACCCACAAUCUGAGGGGAGGUAA